CUUCCUGCUGCAGCUGGCCGCUGAGCACCAGUGCUACGAGUGCAAUUGGUGUCGGGGAAGCCGAGAGAGCUGUAACGUUACCUUUAACACUUACAACCUACCCACUAAGAGCUUAUGACCGCCUCCGGUGCAGAAUAAUACACUCAAAAGCUUUUUGCCUUUUCCUGUGGUGAAGGAUCACAUGAAUUCUUUGGCCCAGUGAAACAGGAAGCUGUGGGCCUCAGUGAAGCCUCAAUAUACUUCCCAAAGAUGGACUUAAAAUGGAGCAAGUUAAUGCUGGGUUACUUUUGUUGGGGUGUGAAUUAAUGUGACCUAUCUUUUUUGGGGGGGAAUUAAUAAACAAAUUCUCUUAGCAAUUGUUCAUAAAAUAACAUUAAAGAGUGUACAAUAAAGCUCAUUACCUGAAUUGUUUAUUUUAUAAAGCUGUCUGACCAUCUUUAUCAAGUAGUAAUUUAUUGAGUAAAUUCAAAGGUCACUAAGUCUUUGAAUGGGGGAAUUGGAGGGAGGGGGGCCCCGAUUCAGCUGUAUUUCUAACAAAUCUUUUGAAAGUUCUCAGAGACCAAAUGUUGGUGGUUACAUUUUCUACUCUUCCAGCGGGGUAGGGCUGGGGUGGGGGGGCUGGCUAAAGUUUGGUUAUUCCACCCACCAGGACCCAUACGUGUGACUGGCCUAAAUCGGGCAGAAAGAGCUCAGAACAAGAGCCGUUUGUGGCUAGUACAAAAGUGCUGAAGCGCUGCGAUCGGGAAGAAACUGCUAUGUUAAUGCCAGUGCUGCCCGCCAGGACAGGACAAGCAUGUUUCCGAAGGGCACGAAGCGUAAGUGUUUGGACGGUGGUGGCGGAGAUGAAGAGGCCGCCUCGGCGAGUGUGAAGACGGCGUCCUACAGCCUGCAGCGGCAGUGCCUGCUGGACAUGUCGCUCAUCAAGCUGCAGCUCUGCCACAUGCUGGCCGAGCCCAACCUCUGCCGCUCCGUGCUCAUCGCCAACACGGUGCGGCAGAUCCAGGAGGAGAUGACCCGCGACGGCAGCUGGCAGAUCAUGACCGAGGCCCUCAGCGCCGGCCAGGGCCUGUCCGAGCGCCUGGUGGCCUCCGAGAUCCUGUGCCGGCCCGCGGCGGGGAGCAAGGGCGAGGAGGAGCCCGAACCCUUCACCGCCGCCGGGGGGCGUCAGGAGGAGGAGGUGGAGGCGGAGGAGGAGGAGGUCGCCGAGGAGACGCUGCGGGUGGUGGCGGCCGAGGCGGACUCCGCUUACGUGCCGGAGGCCGCAGACCCCUGCUGGGAGGCCGGGGUCGGCGUGAAGGGGGAGUCCGAAGACGAGGACGCGGACGACGAGGGCUGCUGUUCGGGAGAGGGAGAGGGGGAGGAGGAGGAGCGGUCUGCGGAGGGCACCAAGGCCGCGGAGCAGGUCUACGGGACGUUCGAGAUCAAGAGCCCUGCGCCCAGUCCAGACCCGGCCCUGGAGGAGCUGUUCUCGGACGUUGACGCCUCGUACUACGACCUGGAUACCAUGCUGACGGGCAUGCAGGCCGCGCCCAAGGUGGGGCCUUACGACCUGCUGGAGAACCUGUCCUCACACGGGCCCAGCGCCACCUGCCGGACCGACCUCAAUGAGCUGGACCACAUCAUGGAGAUCAUUGUGGGCUCAUGAAACUCUUUCUUUCCUUUUUUUUUUUUAUACAGAGAAUUGUAUCCAUGUCCUUAUUUUUGUCCAAGCUCCCUAUGAGCCUAUGUGUGUGCCUGCAUUUGUCUGUCCAUUCGCCACUAUGUGUGUGCGUGCUUUCGUGUUUACAUCUGUGUGUGUCUGUGGGUAUGCGUGAAAUGCGUUUACAUGGAAUGCAAGUUACAUCGAGGGCUCUUUCAGGACAAGUUGCCAUGUCACGAAGGGUCAAGAUUGAACAAGCUGACCAUUGUAAUUUCACUGAAAUACUUUUGGUAAGUUUCCUAACUUGUGCUGUAUUUCUUUGUUUUUUUUUCUUCUUGUUUGUCCAUUCCUUUACUCUUAGAUUUACCUUGUGUUUUUAUUUAUUGUAACUAUAAAACACUACAUGGAUUUUUAACUGAACAAGCAACCAUAAUUUUAAAGCUGCACAUAUUUUCCUAAAAAAAAAAAAAAAAGAGAAAAAAACAUCAGAAAUGUAUGUAUAUAACUAUAUAUUUUUACAACAUAUAAAGGUUGGGAAAAGUAAAGAGUACAUAUAGGUUUCUGUUUUGUUUAUAGGUUUCACCUAAGAUGGGAGGAAACUUAUUUAGUCUUACAGACAGAUUCACACAGUGUCUUCCAAUGAGCUGAAAGAGCUUAAAUGUAUUUUAGAUUUCCAAAACGGUGUUAACGUUGUGAAGCACCUUAGUUUCUGUCAGUGUUUUGCCAUAUCCAUAGCCUCAUACUGUACGUCUCCUCCAGUCAUGCUCAUGUGUUAAACAGUUGCUGAAUAGCUUGCUUUUUCAUUAGUCUGCUGUUUGGGAGCCAUGUUCU